AUGAGAAUCCUAUCUUUGAACUGCCGUGGUUUGGGGAGUGCUGCGGCAGUUCGGGCGCUCCGAGAAAUCCAGGAGCGAAACAACCCCCAGGUGAUGUUUCUUUCGGAGACUCACCUGAAUAAGGAGGGAGCAGAACGUUUACGAGUACAAACGUAUAUGGAUGAAAUCAUAGUUGCGGAGAGUGAUGGCCGAAGUGGUGGCCUGGUUAUGCUUUGGAAAAAUGAGGUGAAGUUACAGGAGAUUAAUAUCCAUACCAAUUAUAUAGAUGCCCUAGUAGAUGGUGAUGACGAUGAGACUAGCUGGAGAUUAACAGGCAUUUAUGGUGAGCCGUCUUGGGAGAACAAGUACAAAACCUGGGAGCGGUUGAGGGAGCUUCAUGGGCUGAUAGAAAUGAGAUGGGUGGUGAUUGGAGAUUGGAACGAGAUCCUAUAUAGCCAUGAGAAAGAGGGCGGCAACCCGAGACCCAUGCAAUAUAUGCAAGCUUUUCGGAAUGCCCUCUCCGAUUGUGGGUUGGAGGACCUUGGAUACAUAGGCGAUACCUUCACGUGGAGAAGGAAGAGGAGCAGGCGUGCAUCGGGUAUGAGAGAGAGACUCGACCGUGCAUGCAGUAAUGAAACAUGGGCUCAGCUCUUCCCCUAUGCAUGUCUGUCCAAUCAGGAGGGUUUAAGAUCGGAUCACCGACCGAUCCUGCUAGAUACUGAGUACUACAAAGCGACUGCAAUGUCUAGGAAAGUGAGAAGGAAGAGGUUUGAGGGUAAAUGGCUGAAGGAAGAGGGAGUUGGCGAGGUAGUACAGGCAGCAUGGGAUGCAAGUUUAUCUGAGAAUGGCGGUGACGUAACCAGAGCUGUUGCUUCAGUUCAGAAAGCUUUACAUGCCUGGGAUGGUACCGUUUUGAAAAAAACCGAGAGCCAGGCUAAGGGUUUUGGCGAGACAACUUGA